GAUAAGACGAGUUGAUAGGCUAAUAUGUCAAAGUCCAAACUUAUUAGAAGUCGUAUAUUCUGCAGAUUUCAGCGACAUUUCCAUCAAGAGACACGUCAAAAUAUACUUAAUAAAAUGUUUUUUAAAUAUCACGCUCCAGGGUGGGCAAAGUCUCUGAAACAUAUCCCUGAAGAAAAAGUACAGCUUGCAAAUGGGAACACACCGAUACAUAAAUGGGAUAUUCCUGGUGUACCAAAACAGUUUACUUUGUCCAUCAAGAGAGAUGAUAUGACUGGCAGCACACUUUCAGGAAAUAAGGUCAGAAAAUUAGAAUUUUUGAUGGCAGAGGCUGUCUCUAGGAAAUGCAAACAUGUGAUUACGUGCGGUGGACUACAAUCUAACCACUGUCGAGCUGUUGCUGUAUGUGCGCGCCAACUUGGUAUGCAACCACACCUGCUGCUUAGAACAGACAUACAGGAUGUUAAAGAUGUUGGUUGCCAAGGAAACCUGUUACUGGACAGACUUUGUGCUGCAAAGAUCUACCUCACUCCAAGAAAGUCUCCCUAUCUUACACAGCUCAAACCAAGAAUGGAUAAAUUGGCUGAGCAUAUUCAGAAAACAAGUGGAGAGUUAUGCUAUCAGAUCCCAGUAGGUGGCUCCAACAGUGUUGGCUUGUUUGGAUAUAUAUCUGUGUUUGAAGAACUUUUGUCACAGGGUGUACAGGAGAACUUUGAUGACAUAGUGUUUGCCUGUGGUAGUGGAGGAACUGCAGGGGGUCUGGCCAUAGCAAACUUUCUCACUGGCUCUAAACUUAGAAUCCAUGGUGUUGCCGUCAGUGAUGAUGCUACAUAUUUCCACCACCACUGUAAUGAGAUGAUCGAGGCUGUAGGUGUGUCUGCAAGGUCAGAAGAUAUCCUUGACAUUAUAGAUGGUCAUAAAGGUGAAGGUUAUGGUAUAUCUACACAGGAAGAAUUAGAUUUCAUUGUUAAGAUCAGUUCAACAACAGGUAUAAUGCUGGACCCAGUUUAUACAGGAAAAGCAGUGAAAGGUCUUAUGCAUGAACUGCACAGUAACCCAGAUAUGUUCAAAGGGGACAGGAUUCUGUUCCUUCACACUGGUGGUGUUUAUGGACUGUAUGAUGGGAGAAUAGAAGAUACACUGAAAGUUGCUGGAUCAUCAACAGAUCGUGUGACUGUAUGGACUAAUAAAGAUCAUGUACCAACAUUGUCUUGACAGAAUAUGAUUGACAGCGAGAAGAGAUAACCAUAUCACAACUGAAUGAAAUAAGUGGAGCAAACUUUGUUAUGUUAGUGAAAGAAUAAUAGGAUGUUCAGUUGAGUGGUAGAAUAGUACUGCAUACUGAAAAUUGUGCCAUGAUUCCUCCUGUAAACAAAUUUUUUUUUUUUUUCACCUUUUGUAAAGAUAAUUCAAUGUAUAUGUGUACACUGUCAGACAAAAAUGUAUUAAGCAGCCAGCAAAGAGAGCUACAUAACCAGGCUUAUGUAACUACAUGUAUGUAACUUUACAGUUAGCUUCCAGGAAAAAGAAGCAACUUCCUGGAGGAAAAAAAAGACAGUAUUCUAAUAUUAGUUGACAGCUGUGUGGCUUUCAUGGCUCAGCUUGAUGUGGCUGACACAUAAAUAUAUCUUGCUACUUAAAAGUUUUUUAUUGAUAGUUUUAAAAGCAAGACUUUAUAUACAUUUAACUGUGAUAAAAUUGUUGCCUGACGGACCUUCAUACUAUUGAUAGGGCAUUAUAGUGUAUACUUUAUAUCAUGAUUUGCCAGGACAUCUGUUGUUUUAUGGUAGAGAUGGUAGUCUAUAUAAGACUAACGUUCAAGAGCAAAAAGAGCUUUUUAGUCAGUUCAAAAUUUUAAAAUACGCGUCAACUUACCUAUUUCGAAAUGGGGACUAGUUUGAUAUUCAUAUGUAUUCAUAUAUUUUUGUUCUGAUAAUUCAAAACUGUUACAGAAGAAUAUUUGUUUGCUUUUGAGGAAAGAUUCUUUUAAACAGAGAAAUCAUGUAAAUUUUUCAUUGGAAAAAAGUCAGCUUCUAGAAUUCAAGGGGGAAAACCAUGAACAGUUGUGUUUCUUUGUUGAUAUUUCAUGUUUUGUAGCUUAUAUUGUAGAUUAUACAGUUUAUGAUUCAUAACUUUAAAGUGACCUUCCAUGGAAAUGCAAGAAUUUUUAUUUACAGUUUCAGACUAUGCAAAUAGCAGUUAUUAUGUCUCCCCCAGGAGACAUAUUGUUUUUGCCCUGUCCGUCCGUCCGUCCGUCCAUCCGUACGUCACACUUCAUUUCCGAGCAAUAACUGGAGAACCAUUUGACCUAGAACCUUCAAACUUCAUAGGGUUGUAGGGCUGCUGGAGUAGAUAACCCCUAUUGUUUUUGGGGUCACUCCGUCAAAGGUCAAGGUCACAGGGGCCUGAACAUUGAAAACCAUUUCCGAUCAAUAACUAGAGAACCACUUGACCUAGAAUGUUGAAACUUCAUAGGAUGAUUGGUCAUGCAGAGUAGAUGACCCCUAUUGAUUUUGGGGUCAUCACUCUGUCAAAGGUCAAGGUCACAGGGGCCUGAACAUUGAAAACCAUUUCCGAUCAAUAACUAGAGAACCACUUGACCCAGAAUGUUGAAACUUCAUAGGAUGAUUGGUCAUGAAGAGUAGAUGACCCCUAUUGAUUUUGGGGUCACUCCGUCAAAGGUCAAGCUCACAGGGGCCUGAACAUUGAAAACCAUUUCCGAUCAAUAACUAAGAGGAACCACUUGACCCAGAAUGUUGAAACUUCAUAGAAUGAUUGGUCAUAAAGAGUAGAUGACCCCUAUUGUUUUUGGGGUCACUCCGUCAAAGGUCAAAGAUUUUGGGGUCAGUCUAUUAAAGGUCAAGGUCACAGUGGCCUGUUCAUGUAAAAUCAUUUUUUGGAAAUAACUUGAGAACCACUUGACCUACAAUGUUGAAACUUAAUAGGAUGAUUGGACAUGCAGAGUAGAUGACCCCUAUUUAUUUUGAGGUCACUUGAUCAAAGGUCAAGGUCACAGGAGCCUGAACAGUGACUUGAGAACCACUAGGACAAGAGUGUUGAAAUUUAGCGGGAUGACUGGACAUGCCAAGUAGAUGAUCCCUAUUGCAGCCAACCAUCAGUGUCUCUUUGACUUUCGCUCCUGACCCCUAUUGACUUUUUGCCUAUAGGACUUUGCAUUGGGGGAGACAUGCGCUUUUUUACAAAAGCAUUUUCUAGAUAUAUUUGAAUUUCGUUUUUUUGCUUUGUAAUCACUUAUUUUUCAUGGAGUACUGUAACCUAUUGUUUGAGUGUGAAAUUUAAAUAAGGCACAGUUUGAUUUCAAAAUAAAAUCGAAAUUUUCUCUACUUACUUUUACAUUCAAAUUUUUUGUAUUACUAAUAUGUAUACAAGACCUAUGCUAAAUUUACUUUAUGAUUUUGUUUGGCUGGUUAGUUAUUACUUUGCAUGUUGUGGUUAUCUGCCGUGGAAUGUAAGCUUGUAUUUCAUAUCUUUAGAACAUAAAUUAUGUUAAAUUAUAUCUGUGAAGAUGCACCGUUCCAAAUACAAUAGGGUUGUUAUAACAGUAGCUUGAUCUGGGAUGUUGUGUUUGGCUUGAGUGGAUUUUUGCUUAUCGGAUCUAAUGAGGCGCUCAAGCGCCAAGUGUGAUCGGACCUGGCAAAAUCCAUGAGAACCUGAUGCAAAAUUCCAGAUCAAGCUACUGUUAUAAUGACCUUUUAUUAUUUACCUCAACCUUUUUGUUUGUUGUUUUGUUGUCGAAUGAUAUCGUCAAUGUUUAUCGAUAUCAUUUUAACUGAAUGUAGUUUUUGUGAGCACUAUUUAUAGAAUUGCAUCAGAUUAUGCAUAUUAAAUGAAAAUAGUCUGGCAACAUACAAUACAAAAGGUAGAAUACAGAUUUUUUUUCUGCCUGUUCAUAUUUACUUGUGAAAUACAAGCCGUUUUCAUGACAUUUUAUGUAGGUAUAUAAUGAAUAUGUGUAUUUCUGUAGGAUAUAUUUUGAAUAAACUUUUUAAAAA